AUGUCUUCCACCAUCAUCUGGCCGCAGCAAUAUCUUCCGGGAACCCCAGACAACUAUGUCUCGAAUGAAGUAUAUGCGGCAGGCAUCACCGCAGAACAAGUGCGGCCUUAUCUGGUCGACAUAACAAAGUGGGAGUCGUACUACAACAACGUGGCCCAGAUCAUACCACCCACUUCCGGGUCCAUCCUGACCAAGAAGGAUAAAUUCAGCCUUUUCGACCUUUGGAUUCCCUCCGUUGCAGGCGCAAGUGUGGGAAUCGAUAGGCCCUACAGCUACCUCACCAGGACGGCUAACUUGGCGUGCGUGGCAGGAUGGGGAUGA